GAAGACAAAGGAGCCGGAAAGGUCUAUAUCCGUUCCCUGGAGUCUACUUUCUGUCCCAGGUAUAUGGCUCUUCUUCUUCUUGCCCAACGUGCACAUGUACGUCGCAGACGUCGACCACCUCAGGAGCGAGUUUUUCGGGCCCGAACACAGUUCCUCAACCUACCUGAGGAAGUGGUUAUGCAGCGUUACCGCCUCCACCCUGCACUCAUACGCGACCUCUGUCAUUUACUGGAGCGUGACCUCCAGCCCUCUACGGGGCGUUCGCAUGCCCUUCCUGUCUAUGUCAAGGUGACAGCUGCCCUGAACUUUUACACAUCGGGUACAUUCCAGACUCCAGCGGGAGAUGCAGCAGGCAUUAGCCAAGCCAGUAUGUCCCGUUGUGUAACACAGGUUACAGAAGCCAUUGUAAGACGAGCACACCGUUUUAUUCGUUUCCCACGAGGUCGUGUCCAGCGCAGAUCUGCAGUUCAUGACUUCCAGCGGUUAUAUGGAUUUCCAGGCACUGUGGGAGCUGUGGGGUGCACACACGUGGCAUUGAAGCCUCCUUCUGAUCAUGAGAGCCGCUACCGAAACCGUUGGCGUUACCAUUCCAUGCAUAUGCAGGCAGUAUGUGAUGCAAAAGGUACACUGACACACAUUGUGGCUGAAUAUCCAGGGUCUGUGACUGAAGAAGACAUUCUGGCACAAUCCAGCUUGGGGCACAUGUUCCAGAACCAGGGAAAAGAUGAAGAAGCAUGGCUGAUAGGAGGGCGCUGUUAUACCCAGAAGCCUUGGCUGAUGACCCAAAUAGAAAACCCACAAUCACCAGCAGAGUUGAAGUAUAAUACCUCCCAUGCAGCAGCCCUCAGUGUAGUCUCUCGUGCAUUUUGCUGUUUGAAAUCAAGAUUCCGGUGCCUAAGCAGACGUGGAGGAUCGCUACAGUACAGCCCAUUAAAAGUUAGCCAAAUAUUUGUGGCAUGUUGUGUACUGCAUAAUAUGGCACUAAGUCAUGGCCAAGAAAUUCCAGUAGAGGAGAGAGAUGAUGAAAGUGAAGGAGAAGCUGGGGAAGAAGGCAGUGAAGAAGCUGAGCUAGCACGUAGAGAGCUGCUAAAACGACAUUUCAGCUAGAGGAUAUCAAGAACCCCCUGUGUACUCUGAAGACUGCUGUAUGGGACCAUUUGAAUCACCCAGAUAUGAGUUUCACUUGGCUUGCGUUUUGUAUAACAAAACACACGAACUGUACAGAGACAAGUUUGUCCCAACUAUGCUGCAUGUGGCGGCUAUAAAGAUAGCCGUUUGAGCAUGUUACCAAAGGAGUAAUCAAAUCAAGGACAAUUAGAAUUAAUCAAUCCCACUGCUGCCAACUCCCAUAAUAUCACAAAGAGGGCAAAUGAAGAAGCCCCAUUUUUAUUAUGUAAACCUGGCCUCAUCCAAGUUUGUUAUUAAAUUAAGAACUGAA